CACAAAAGUGUGUUAAAGAUCUGAAGAACCAUCACACAACCGAGGAGAUAGUUCUAGUCAUGUCAUCGCCUUUAUGUAUUCUUUCUCAAAAUGAGAACCUCUCAGUGUCUUUCUGUGGUUCUGGCUUUCUAGCAACAUACCAGCUUGGUGUUGCACAGAGUCUUCUGGAUAAUGCACCGUGGAUCCUACAAAGCGCUCCAAGAGUCUACGGCGCAUCUGCUGGGUCUCUCGUUGCUGCAGCUGUUGUUUGUGGGUCAAAUCUAGGUCGCGUGCGAGACCAGUUUUUGGAAUUUGCGCGAUUCACAAAACAACAUCCACUUGGUCUUCUCAAUCCAACAGUAGAUAUUUUCAGAUGGUUGGAGGUCACACUGCAGCGCACACUGCCUGAUAAUGCCUAUGGUCUGGCCAGCGGCCGUUUGCAUGUUUCCAUGACUCGCAUCCCUGACAGAAAAAACAUCCUAGUGUCAGAAUUUCAUUCCAAUGAAGACUUAAUAAAAGCACUUUUGUGCAGCUGUUUUGUUCCUGUAUACUCUGGCAUGAUUCCACCACAGUAUAAAGGUGAGCACUACAUGGAUGGAGGUUUCACAAACAUCCAGCCCUUUGAGGAUUCCUCUCCCACCCUCACCAUCUCCCCGUUUGCUGGUGAGAUGGACAUCUGUCCCUCUGAUACCUCCACCACCCUGUGUGAUGUGAUCAUCCAACAGCUUUCCCUCGAGUUCUCUCUGACUAAUUUCAUCAGACUGGUAGAUGCUAUGUUCCCUCGGGACUGGCGGAUUCUGAAGAAGGCAUUUUACAGUGGAUACCAAGAUACUGUUUAUUUUCUGCAGCGGAACAACGCUUUGCAUUUGUACCCUGAAUUGAGAAGGGAUUCUGACGUGUCUGAUGAUUCACGGAGCUCAGAUCACUGGAUGCUAACACAGACCGAUGAUGCAGAGGGACGAGACCAGGAAGAGGAAUUACAGCAGAACUCCCUGGAACACCCUGAGGAGAAGAGCGUCAAUUGGGUGGGCUUAUCAAUGAGUCCAUCCCAUCAAGAGCAGGCAGUACAUAAGAAUUCAUCAGUAAAGGUUCAGGAAGUGCUGCUGUGUAAUAUCAUAGGUCAGAUAGAGAUUAUGAGUAAUGCGAAUGUCUCGUUAUCUCAACGGACACUAUCGUACCUGCUCUUCCUGUUCACACUGCCAAUCUGGAGUGCAACAACAUUCAUGGACAGGUAUCAGAAAUGGAUCGAACAUGCUACGGUGGUGGUAUACUGGCUCUGGCAGGGGGUUAAACUCUUCAUAAUCUUUGUGCUCAACAUUUACUUGUCUACUCUGAGGAAAGGCCUAAGAGACAUGCUGCAGGGUCUGUUCAGUUUUAUCCCUUUGCUAGCUCACGCUGAGUAUCACAGGGCAAGAGAGUGUGCCGAAAGAAAUGUGGCCUCUGAUCUGAAUGGUCAGGUCCCUACUGCUUUUCAAGAGAGUCCCUCUGUGGAACACACCCUCCCUAAACUCUACACACUUCUGUGUUCACUAGAAACGGAGAGCAAAUGGAGAAGACACAGGAUUGAGGUGCAACACACAUUACAGCAACAUGUUGGACAUGUGAAAAGACAUUAAACACAUACAAACCGAGAUUUGUAAUGUUAAUCAUUAUGUCCAGAUUGAUAUAUCAAUCCAUUAAAAGCAUCAAGCAUGCAUAAUUUAUGCCUUGAAUAAAAAAUAAAAUUAAAAAAAGCUCUAGUAAUGUUAAAAGACUUGCAAAGUAAAACAAAUAAUGCAGCUUACGCUUAUCACACUUUUCUCCUGUGGCCUAGAUAGUGUUAUUUUUUUUUAUUGUUUCUAUCAUAAUCAUUAGGGAGAAGUUUUGAUGUGUUGAAUCAAGUGUUAUAUAAUGUUGAAAGGUUUUGAAAUAGAAGACAUUCUUUUCAGUAUAGUGUAAUUUGUGGUUUACUUACAUUCUAAGUAACAGUAUAAUAUUCUGUUUCUGUAAUAUACGUAUAUACAAUAAA